GCUGAUUGCUGAGGCUGACCGGACGCCAGUUUAGCUCCGACUUUCGAAUAGUGAGCACGUAUUAUUUACCGCGCGAUAGCAGUGACCGCGUGUUCUAAUAAUCGAAUCGAAUUGUUUAAAGCGAACUCACAUAAAUUACUUUCGCAUUGUAAGUUUUGAGUUAUGUGUGUGUCUUAGUUUUUGUGCCCUGUACGGAUAACGAGUAUUGAGAUUAACAAUGUGGCCCGGCAAAAAGACGGAAGGCGGCGCAGGCACCCCCACCGAAGAAGAUAUUAAAGUGGUGUUGGUGGGAGACACGCAGUGUGGUAAAACAUCGCUCGUGCAGCGCUUUGUGUCUGAUAACUUUGUUGAGGCAUACACACCGACUGGCUUCGAAAAGUAUGGCUACACGUGCACCGUUGCCGACUAUAGAGUCAACUUCUCUGUCUGGGAUACAUCAGGCACUCCUUCAUACGACACGGUGCGGCCUCUCGCGUACCAGGAUGCUAAAAUCUUCAUGCUAUGCUUCAACAUUGCUGAACCGGAGUCACUGAAUAAUGCAGCUGCUAAGUGGUACAGAGAGGUGCGCACUCACGGCGGUGCAGCUCCCGUGGUCCUGUGCGGAUGCAAGGCGGACCUUCGCCAUGAUAAAGAGACUCUCACGAUACUGUCCAAGCUGAGAACCCAUCCAGUCACUAGCGAGGAGGCUCUUUCGGUAGCAAGACAGCUCGGGGCGACCACAUACGUUGAAACCUCAGCCCGCGCUUCUAGUAAAGGUGUUAAAGAUGCCUUUGAGGUAGCUGCGCUAGCAGCCCUAGGGAAAUUAAACAAACAACAGAUUAAACAACAGAAGCAAGUCGGACGCAGUAAAAGCAAGCGUGACCUGAAAGCCGAGCUAAAGGGACGUGCGAAAAGUUGCUGCGUCAUGUGAUCCGUAGCCGGCCACCCUUCCAGGUGGCCGCACGAUUGCUAGACGACCACCGCCCUUCCAGACUCUUCCAGAAUCUUGAAUUUGAAACGUGCCAAUCGUGUAUACAAGAAAUGGCAUCGGGCCUAAAGCGGCGCCUUGUGGGACUCCGAAAGUGUUUGAAGUGCAAAAUUUUUACAAAUUAAAAAUAAAUCGUAAUACGCGUGUAAAGCAUAUUUGGAACAGAGUUCGUUUUAAUGUUAAUGAUUUUUAUUAUAUUAUAGGUAUUGAAGCAAAGGUGCAAUGUUUUGACCCUCAGGGUUGAGAGCGUGAAUCUGUGAUAUGCAAAUGACAUACGGUAUGAAAUAAGUAAUGUGAAAGAUGAAUUAUACCAAAUGUUUUAUAUAACAAAAUUUGGCAAUGAUAGGCAUUUUUUGCUUGAAGGUCUCAUUAAUGAGUUGAAUAUUAUCAUUCAAACAUUUAUGUCUGCUAACUACCAAACGUUAUUUUAUAUCAUUCGAGAUUUGUAGCACAAAUCAUUUCACUGACCACCAUUUGUGAAAAUCGAAGAAAACGCUUCAUAUUUGGUAUAAUUUAUUCUUGUAAGUUUAGAAAGGAUAGACGCUCCAUUCGUACCACCACAAAAUUCGAUUACUAAAAAAUAGCGUAUACUUUUAAAAUUAAAUAUAUUAUAGGUAUGUAGAGGAAUACGUGUUUUCAUAUACAUAAAAAUUGAUGUUUUUCUAUAUUGUGGCAUUAAGACGGUGUAUAUAGUAUUUAUUAAGGUAACGGUAAAACCAAGUGCUCAUUUUACUUUAGCGGGAGCAUAAUAAUAUUUUCGUUGUGAUAAAAAUACGUAAGUAUUUGAACGAAUCUGCACAAUAUUGGACAAUAUUACUUAAUUACGGAGGUCCACUCAGUCUUUAGUCCCACGUCCAAUUUUGCUACGUUAGAUUAGAUUUUUUACAUUAGUACGUGUAUCGAUGUUGCUUUUAUUGAUAAGUUGGUUUAGUAGAUGUCGAAACGUUGUGAUAUUUCUCCUGAGGCUCUUAUAUUAAGCGUCGACGCUAUCGAAAGCUUAUGUGAAAUUUUGAAAUUCUUCCUUGGAAAUUAAAAACGAACACAUUCGAAAUUAAUUCUAUUAUUAAAUGAAAUUUAUUAUUGCAUUACACGAUUUGCCCAUUCCUUCUACAUUGAAUUCAAAAUGUAAGGAUUUAAGCGUAGUUUAAUAUAUGCAAGUGAAGUUAAUAGUAAAUUUACACAUUAACCUUAAUAUAACCGCAGAUUACGUAUAAACUUGAGAUUAGACUGAUAAUGUUAUUUAUUGUAAUAUUAAUGCACUAAAAUAAAGACAAAGAAUCUAAAGGAAACAUAAACCACAGAUUAUCUGAAAUUGAAUCCGAACUCCGUUUACAUUUCUUUAAAAAUAUCCUCGUUUCAAAAACUCAUCUUGCAGUCGACAUUUUUACCACGAUAUUGCUAGAUUAAAAACAACGUGAAAUUGUUUUUUCGAUGAGACCGUUGCAAUAUGGAAUCUCGAUUGAAAUACACGUUUGUAAAUAAACCUAGAACGUGACCGGUAAUGAAAAUAAAUUUUAACGAGAGCGAAUUGAAUUGACUUACAGGCCAAUUUCGAUCAAUCCCGCGGCAAACUGUAUCAACUUUGACACAGGAAUUUAUGAAUGAAAAACGCACGUUGCCAGUUAAAAUGUGUUUGCGAAAGCUGUUAUUUUGAAAUUUAAGUCGUAUUAAGCUUUAAAUUCAAUGUUAGCUUUAAUUACAUACAUUACGUACAUAAAUGUUAUAUUUAAAUAUGAAUGUAUUUUCUUUUAAACAUAACAAAGGAGAAUAUUUAGCGUUUAUUUACCAAAAUAUACGUCUUAUUUAUUGUAAAAUUUAGAUACAUAUCAACUUAAGGUUAAGUUUUUUAUUUACGUAUUUCGUUAUUUCAAAAUUGUAUUCCGACAAUUAAAAAUAAAUGAAAAAAUGUAAACAGGAUAUUCAUUAUUAAAUGAAAUUUUUCACAGAUAACCUAUAAAUAAAUAAUAAUAUUUGCACAGAAUAUAAAAUUCGUUUAUCUAGUUAAUCGCUAAUACGAGGAUAAAUUAAAUGUAACAAUAAAACAUUUCUAAUUUUAUAAGACGUUAGUAUCUAUUGUUGUUAUAGCAGAUGGGAAAGCACAAUUGUUUUUGUUCAUUGAAUUGUAUUCUUAAGCAUGUUUUUGUGUCUAGACAGUUAUUAGAUCACUUGAUGUUGUUUCUAGACUUAAAAUAUAGUUCGAUGUUUUUGUAAA